CUGGAGGACGACCGUACAAUGGACCUUUUCCGGGAUUCCGAUGUCGGCCUAGCCGAGCUAUGCGGUUUGCUAUCGGCUAACUGAAGGAGGACCGAAACCGAUCACUUUCGGAAGUCAGAACCACUCACGUUUGGGAUUUUUCAGGAGCAUUCUAUUAUCUGCCACCGCAAGCUGUGGGGAAAAACAUCGGCGGAGACAAAAAAGCUGAAAGGACUAACAUGCAUCAGACUCCUGCAGAUGCCUGUGUUUAAAAGCGAAACAAUGGGAGAGGAGGUCUACCUGCAGAGAAUCUGGAGGUGGGAGAGGUUUUUACAUCCAGGCCUGGCCACGUGCAGUGACACCGCCGUGACAUGCACAGGACUUCUUUUUGGAAUGAGUUGAUUUUUUCAUUUUUUUGUUGCCACAUUGACACUCAGCGGAAGGGAAGGCUCUCAAAGGAUCCACCAUGGACUUGGCUGGAGUUUUAUAAGUGUACAGGCAAGAUUCUGCCAUAUUUUUUUUUUAAACUUCAAAGGACGCCGUUGGAGUUGUCUUUGCUGUUAACACAAAAGAAAGUGACAUUUUGUUGAGUUGUAUACGGCUGCUGGACAGUGUGCAGCCAUCAGCCAUCCUCAGUUUCUUCCACCCACCCAGUGCCUAAAUAAGCCCCCUCGGGACAAUCACAGAAGUCAUCAGCAGCUGCUGCGCUCAAUCCUCUGCCUGUUUUUCCUAGAUGUACUUCUGCUGUCAGCCUGCUGGUCCUUCACCCGCUAAAUCUUUUAAUUUUCUGCUCCCUUACUUUGAGAUAGAUUUCCCCCCGCCCCUCCAAGCCAGAUAAUCAAAACUGAAGCACAGCGAUGAGAAUUAAUUUGAGUUUGAAGAGUUUCACACAACUCAUGUUUUAGAGUGUGCGGCAGUGUUACAAUUAACAUUCGACCUAAUUACAUUCUUGCACCAAAUCGAGUACCAUUGAAGCCAUACAAAAAUAUAUAUGAAUUUCCUACACAUAUUUUUGUAUGACAUUGUUCCUGCUUUUUUACACAUAAAUUAUAAUUCAGCACAGAAAAUUUUAUAUUUAUGCAAGUAGAACUGUAUAUUGCUAUGUGAGUUUAAAAAAUCUAUUUGAGUGAAUAUUGUAGUGCUGGGAAGUUGCUAGUGACGAUUUCCAUUCAUAUGCUGCUUUGAUUAGUGCUUAUUUGUUUUUACAUUUUAGUCAUGCCCCCUCCCAAAAAGACACAUUAUAAGUCACUUUGACCCCACAGAACAGCCUUUAAAAUAGGUAGACAGUAGAUAUCUACCUCUACCUCUCUCUCUCUCUCUCUCUCGCCCGUGAUCUUUCUCCCUUUACUCUGUCUCUGAUGCCGGGCUUCAGCACUGGGGGUGUUGGGGGAGGAGUGGGCGGCCAAGUUUCUGCUCCUCCCCGCCCUUUCCGACCCAGCCGAUAUGUCCCGGUGUCUGCAGCCACCACCUUCCUCGUCGGAUCCACCUCCCUGUUCUUCUGCUUCACCUGCCCGUGGUUGUCUGAGUAUUUGUCCUCCGUCGUUCCCAUCUACAUUGCCGUGAUCUUCCUCUUCACCCUGGCCAACUUCUGCAUGGCCACCUUCAUGGAUCCUGGAAUCUUCCCCCGAGCGGAGGAGGAUGAGGAUAAAGAGGAUGAUUUCCGCGCUCCUCUCUAUAAGACGGUGGAGAUCAAAGGCAUCCAGGUGCGCAUGAAGUGGUGCUCCACCUGUCGCUUCUACCGACCCCCACGCUGCUCACAUUGCUCGGUCUGCGACAACUGUGUGGAGGACUUUGACCACCACUGUCCCUGGGUGAACAACUGCAUCGGUCGGCGCAACUACCGCUACUUCUUCCUCUUCCUGCUGUCACUCACCACCCACAUUGUGGAUGUGUUCGGCUUCGGCCUCGUUUAUGUGCUGCACCAUCGCCAGCAACUCGACACGCCGCAUGCCAUUGUGACUAUGGUUGUGAUGUGUGUUGCUGGCAUGUUUUUUGUCCCAGUUGCUGGCCUGACUGGGUUCCAUAUUGUGCUUGUGGCACGAGGUCGGACCACAAACGAACAGGUGACAGGAAAGUUCCGUGGAGGCGUUAAUCCCUUCACUAAUGGCUGCGUGAAGAAUAUUUCACAUGUUCUUUGCAGCUCGCUGGCACCCAGAUACACUGGUCGUUACCGCAAGCCUCAGACGUUGGAAAUACAGCCCCCUUUCCUCAGGCCGGCUCUGACCGAGGCCCAGCUAGAAGCGAAGGUGCUGGACAACGGCAUCCAGAAUGACCGACACAGCACUAGAUCAAAGAGCAGUUUAGAUCAGAUGGAGAGCCAAUCGGCCGACACGGAGCCUCCGCCUCCCCCUCCCCCGAAGCCAGAGCUCCGCUACCCAGGUCUGCCUCGUGCUGACACUGAGGAAAGCAGCUUGUUGACAGAAGGCGUGCCCACACAGUCCAUGUACAAGUACCGGCCUGCGUACAACAGCCCAGGAAGGAACCACAGUGCCCACUCACAUGCUGGCAAGGUGAUCCGCGGCGAGAGUCUCGACUCUCCGUCUCCCUCUAUUCUCCAUUCCAGCCGCCAUCCCAGUUACCGUUCAGAACCAAGCAGACUGGAUGGGACCACAGUGGCGGUGGGGGGUGGUUCCGGGGCGUUCAGAGGGGGAGGGGAGAGGGGCGAGGGCCCCGGAGGUUCAGGCAGGACUGUGGGUGGUGUGUCAGGGGGCAUGUCGGGUUACUCCCUGACCGGGCGCUCCCACACUUCGUACCCAUCCUCUCUGGUUCUGUCCACUGGAGGCUCCCACUCCUCCAGCCUGCGCUCGGCCCACUUACCACACAAUCCUCUGGCCACCCUCCAGUCAGAAGGUACCACAGACACCAGCUACAAAAGCCUGGCCAAUCAGACCCCUCGGAAUGGCAGUCUGUCCUACGACAGCCUGCUAACACCUUCCGAUAGCCCAGAGUUUGAGUCGGCGGCCCACGAGCUGUCGCCGCAGAAGCCUCGCGCUGUGUUGCCCUCGGCGACCAACGCAGUUGUCAGAGGACAGCCUGAUAUGGUGCCCCCCGGUUCUCCGCUGCAGGGCUAUACGUCACCCUUCCUCUCAGCGCAGAUCACCCAGCAGAGGGAGGGCCAUUUGCUCCAGGGCUCUGCCACUUUCUCCUCCCCCCACAGGGCCUACCUGCGCGCCGUCAGCCCGCCCCCUCCCUCCGGUCUUCCAGAGGCCCAGCACCUGCUACAGCAUAACCACGACUCCUCCUCCAGAGCCCCCCGUAACACUGUCUCGUCAUCCUCCUCCCUGGUGGCUCGCUCGCCUGAGCCUCCUAUCUCUCCGCCACCGCGCGGCCUCUCCCUGGGCAAGUCCCAGUCUUACACUGGGGAGGCGGGGCCCCAGCACAACCCUCGGGUCACAGCGGCACUGGGAGGGGGAGGAGCCGGAGGAGGGCUUCAGGCUCCACACCAUCCUCUUCCUCCCUGAUCUGUAUUGUCCUCACGCACAAUCUUGGCCAAUCACAACACAUCCAAGCCAGGGGGUGGAGUGAAGAAAGUGACCGGCGUGGGCGGGACCACUUAUGAGAUAUCUGUUUGAGUGACAGGCCCUGGACAGCUUCUCCUUGUCCUUUUUUCUCAGCUGGAUAUUAUUCAUGACUGCAGAGCCAGACCUGGCUACCUGCUACCAACUGCCCGAUUUUUUAAAAAAAAUUCCCCCCUCCCCCAAGGAGAACAAAGACUCUUGGACGUUGGUUCAUUUUUCUCAAGCCACUUUGUGACCCACAGACUGUUUCUUCACAGGUAAGAGGGCGGGUGUUCAUUGAUGCUGUCUUAGGACAGGAGUAUUCUUGACACUCCGUCCUGUGGAUGUCAAAUUUGAAGGUGGAUUUCUGAGCGUUGACCAAUGAAGGCUGCCGCGUUUUGUGGACCACGCAACCUGUUGAGCGAAAAGCGUCAUUGAAAGAAGAAUCCAACCUAUUAAAAUACAGUAUCAUUUUAGUUUUAUAAGUUUUUAAAUAUUCUUUUAUAUAAAAUGUGUAAAAUCUUACGGAUUAUUAUUGGGUCCUGUCAGGUAUCGAUGACGACUAUCAGUGAGGGGGGUGGCAAAUGUAUGUGUAAUUUUCUUUUUUUAUGGUUAAUUGCCUAUUUUAUGAUUGAAGGCUGCAUCAGCCACUCGUGAGCUUUGGCGGGAAAUCCUCCAUGAUUCUCUCCUCUGACGUGGCAAAUAAUUGAGCUUUUAUUUUCCUAAAGCCACAGAGAUAUUGGAAAGUGGAAGGCAUCUUUGCGGAAUGUACACGUGUAAUGUUUUUGUGCUCGAGGCGUUAUGCAAAAUCAGUUGUGUAGCUUUAAAAUCAUUGUCGUUUUUGUUUUCUGACGCGAGCCUUUUCAUGGAUGACCAGCCAAUUAGGGCUAGCGAGGGAUGGGCUUAUUUAUUUCACCUUUUACACAAAAAGCAGAUCUGAGGAAACAUUUCAAACCAGUCUCUAUUAGGUGUUUGGUAUUUUUAAAAGAAUGACAGAGCUCCUUGUGAUUUGAAAUGUUUUAGGGACUGGUUUGCAAUACAAGUCUUGAUUUAUGUUUUCUUCCCUUAGAGCAUUUAUAGUAGAGCAGGCACAUUUUUGCUUUUUUUUUGUUUUUCCCCACUUUCCAGGCAUCUUGUGUAUAGUAGGUCUGAUUUUUCACAUCAAAUUGUAAAGGUACAAGUGGCUUUAUUUGAAACCCACAGCCAUGUUGAGCAGGAAUGAAUAAUUUCAUGGAACGAAUGAAUGCAACUUGUGGGGAAAGUGUGUCUUCAUCAUGCAUGUGAUUCCUGCUCAUGCUGAUUGUUUCCCCGGCGUGUGAGACUAUUUAAAAGAAUGCACCCGCAACCAUCAAGUGGGUGGUCACAAUUUAAAAAAAAAAAAAAAAAAAAAAAGCAUCAUUAAAAGGCACAAACAGCUGAUGAAGAGAUUAACUCACGUGUGUUAUUCUCCUGCUCCCGGCCAAGGAUGAAGGCCGCUGAACAAUUCAAAGCGUAUGCGAGUAUGUUGACGCGUCAUAGUGAGAAGAAAUAUUGCUCAUUGUGGGAUUGGAACAAGUUUCACAAAUAUCUGUAACGAGAACAUUUAAGACGUUUCCAAAAUGGCCUUAAAGAAUUUUUUUUGAAGAUGUCUCAGAAUAAAAAGGUCAAACUGAUUAAACGUGUCAUUCAUUUUAACGCUAUGCUUUUUUUUUUUUUUU